GCUAUCACUUCUUAACGCUUAACAAUUUAACAUUAUCUUGUGGCCAAAUACCGCAAAUGCUAUACCUGAUCGUUUUUCAGUGAAACAUUAGAGAUAGUUAUCCAUGACAUUUUUGAGCAUGGCACGGCGUGAAAUGCCUUCGUGAUGUAUCAGUAUAUCUAAAUAGCUGUCAAGAUGAAAACAAAAGACAUGAAAAGAAAAGUCUGUGCUGACUGCCUUAGUGUUGCUUGUUAAAAAAGCAGAGUUACUAAACCUUAAAAACACGCAAAUAAAACAGCACCAAUAGCAUUCAUGUGUAGUGCUCACAGGUGGCGUUAAGGAAAGUCUUUCUGUCCCUACAAGACUGUUUUUACUGUACAGGGAAGCAACUCUUUAAAACACAAAUACUCAGGUGUAGAGUACACAGAGAUUUACUUCCUCGAGAGUCUCUCAAGUUCAGUGGCAAAACCUUUCACUCUUGUGGAGAAACUGAAAACUGUUAAAUGAGAUUUAGUGAUUAGACGACACUCACAAGCCACAUGCUCAAACAUGUGAGUCAAAAUAAGCAAAUGAGUUCUGAGCUGCACUGAGGCCAUAAACAAAGGCACUAAUCAAUAUGUGGUGCCUGUAGAAUCAUAAAUGAAAGCUUUGUUACACAUUGUUUCAUAUGGUUGGCUGACAGACAAAGUUGGAAGCUGAGUAAAAAUUAUUUAAAUGUGGGUUUUAUUCAUGGACUGGUCACUUUUGAGACUUUUGCUUCUAUAGCAUAUUUUUCUUCAGGCAAGGGAGGAAAGAAAAUGUCCAAAAUAUAUAUUUGCAUAUUUAUUUUACUGCAUUUUAUUGACUGGACAUGCAGAUCAGUAAGAGUUAAGUAAAUAUGUAGUCUCUGUGUUCAUUUGGAUAUUUAAUUCUUAAAUGGCAAAUAAUUUUUUGGUUUGUUUCCUUUUUGGUUUGGGUGUUUUUUUCCUGGCUCUUUGCAGUAUAUUUUCUCAUUUUUAAGUGAUAUAAAAAAGAUUUUAAAAAUCUAGUGGUAAAAAAAAGUGUAAAUGAAACAGCAAUACAAAAAAGGAAUUAGAAACACAGUUUUAUGUCCAACGUUCAGCAUUCCGUUAUGGAAAUGCAUGCAAACUGACUUAGAUUUACAUAGAUUCAUAGCUUCAUUUUCAUAGUUAAGCAUAACAUUGCCAUGUGUGUCUGUGCCAACAUCUCACACCAAUACACCUCCACUGUGUUUAGCAUUUGUUCUCCAACUGAUUCUGACUAAAGAUGUUCCCUCAAAGACUUUAUCUAAAAUCUCCCAUAAGUGUAUAUUUAGGCUGAGAGCUGGUAGUACCCAGAGGGCACCCUCAUAAGCGGAUAAAGAUGUUUACUCAGAACUCAUUUUGAAUUCAUUUGCAGUCACCCUUCCCUCCAAGAGGACAUGUGAACCCAAACAAUGCCCACAAAAUGCCUCCAUCCCACAACAUAACAGGGCCACUGGACCCCCUCAUUAUAGGGUCAAGAGUUCUAUUUUUUCCUCUAAUCUGUCACCCAUCUUCACAUGGUUGAGCAAAAACACCACUUAAAGACACUUGGCUCACCGGUGCCCCCAACAGGACUUAAAUGGUAAAAAUCUCGAAGACAUAAGAAGGAAAAUAUGAUCUUUGGCAUCAUAUAAUACGCUUGUAUCUUCUGAUAAAUAGGCUACCUGAGCUAUAACAAUGUCUUCGUCGCUGGUGUGAAAACAUUACGCAGGUCACGCCUCUAGCUGCCAUGAAGGACGCAGAGGUCACAUCCUCGGUUAUUUUCUGGGAAUUUAGGGUGGUGGGGGGUUACAUUCAACCACUACAUGUGGUGACAUUUGGAGUCUGUUUAUCAAAACAUUUUUUUUUCAACUGAUGCCUUUUUUUCUAGGGACAUUAGGCCACCUCCUAUCGCUUAUAAUACAGUCAAUGUGGACGGGCUUUUCAAAAUGGAGUAGUGAUUAAUGGCUCGUUGUGGGGGUCUCUGUUUAUCUUCUGCAGUUGUCACAUAUCAGUCUCGUUAUCUAAUUUGGAAACCAGCCAGUAAAGUCGAAAAGAGCUGGCCUUAGACUGCAUUAUCUCCAGGGCUGUUUCUCUUAUCUUUAAACGUCCGAGUCUUCUGACAUAUAUGGAUAAGUCCGUCAUCCUGCCGCCUGACAAUACAGUCCCAAAAUAAUCUGAGAGACCACAGCUGAGCCCCGCUCGGCUCUGCCCGCUGCUCCGCUGACGCCGACGCACUGGGAAGGAAAACAGCGAAAUCUGCCUUCAGUAAUGACGAAAUUCAGCUACUCUGACUAUUUGUCUCAGUUCCGUUAUGCCGGUAAUAAUGCUGUGUCGCGACUGCGAGAGGAUAGGAGGAGAGGAGACAAUGAGAGCGACGGCACGUCAGAGCCGGAGGAUGUUGAUCCUGUGGUCUGUGCCAUCAAAAGAGGAGAUGUGGAAACUGUCAAAAAUCUGACAGCCUCUUCUCACUGGGUGCUGAAGGAGAACAAUGAUGGAUGGAUACCUUUGCAUGAUGCUGCCUACUGUGGACAGGCUGAGUGCUUGAAGACCCUGUUAAGGGCCCUUCCAGGCUCAGUAGACAAGCGCACAUUGCACGAGCAGACGGCCUUGCUGCUUGCGGUGGCUUGUGAACACUUGGCCUGUGUGCAGUGUCUUUUGGAAGCAGGUGCUGACCCUGACAUCAGCAGCAAGAGCAAAGAAACACCUUUGUACAAAGCAUGCGAGCUUGAGAACAUAGACAUGGUGAACCUUCUUCUCUCUUAUGGGGCCACUGUGAACCAGCGGUGUGCCCAGGGCUGGACAGCCCUUCAUGAGGCUGUAUCGAGAAACAACACAGAGAUCUGUGAGAUACUGUUAAGAGCUGGGGCUAUAAUUAAUCCAUCCAAUACCUACACCAUCGCUCCACUGGUUGUAGCAGCUCAGCAAGGACAGAUGAGAGCACUGUGUUACCUUAUUGAGAAAGGUGCAGAUGUCAACAUGCAGACAUGCGAUGGGGUUACGGCGCUGCAUGAAGCGAGUAAAAAUGGCCACACGGAAAUUGCGGCCUUUCUGUUGACUAAAAAUGCAGAUGCCAACAAACCGACAAGCUCAGGACUGCUGCCUUUGCACAUCGCUGCCCAGUAUGGACAUGACAAGAUUGUAUCUCUGCUCGUCUCAGUGACAAGUCGAGCCAUGCUCCGGCACAGUUGGAUCAGCCCCCUCCACCUGGCAGCAGAGCACAACAGACACACUGUAGCAGCUGUGCUACUGAAGACAGGUGCAGAUGUAAAUGCCACACUGCCCCACAGCCAAUCCAUCAAGUAUGCCGAUCGACGCACUACAGCCCUCUACUUUGCUAUUGCUAACGGCAGCACCGAAACAGCAGAGGUGUUGCUUAAUGCCGGUGCUAGUCUAAGCCUGGAUCCAGUCAGCCCUCUGCUGAUGGCUGUGCGUCAGGGUUGUGUCAGCACUGUGUCUUUACUGCUGGAAAGAGGAGCUGAUGUAAAUGCAAGCAUCCCAACUUGUACUACCACAUUCCCAGCUCUUGUUGCACUUUGUCUGAAUAAUCUGCCUCUACUCAAGUGCCUUCUGGACAAUGGCUGUGAUGCGCUCUCCUGUUUUACGUGUGCUUAUGGCAGUGCCCCUCACCCAGCUGCAGGACAAUCCAAUAUAAUAACUGCUGGCAGUAAUGGAUAUGCUUUGCAGAAUGGCAGCAUGCUUCCUCUAAAUUGCAGUGAGCCUUCAGAGACGAUAACACAGUUCUGCGAGUGGAUCUCAACGCCAGUAAUGAGUAAAUGGGCAGGGCCAAUUAUAGACUUGCUGCUAGAGUAUGUUGGCCAUGUUCAGCUGUGCAGCAAGCUCACUGAACUGCUGGACAGCCGUGAAGAAUGGCACGUUGUCAAGAGGAAGUUGUUGUCACCAUGUCCACUCCUGCACCUCUGUAGAUUAAAGAUUCGGACCCAGAUGGGGGGACACAGACUGAGAUCUAUCACAAGCUUACCUCUGCCAAACAGACUGAUCAGAUACCUGAGCCACGUUGACUGACUUUAAAAUGAACCUCAAGCAAUAUAGUCCUCAGAGAUAAGACUAUAUUUAUCUUCUCGUGGUUCUUUUUUUAGUCGUGUCUGAUAUCUUGAAUCUGUAAAUGUUCCUCUCAAAGAAAUUCUAUGUGUAUAAAUAUCUAUUUAUAAUA